UCGCUUUCCUGCUUUAUAAUGUCUGUUUAUGUACUUUAGAGCAGGAUGGGUUGCUGGAAUGAUCAUUUAUAGAAAACAUUUAGAAAGAUGUCCAAAAGCAUGUACUUACAGUAUCUAUCAAAUAACAACCAACUUAAAUGUUACCUUAGAUGCAGGCUGUAUGUGGUAGCUGACACCACACCAAAACACUUCCUCAUUUGAGUCAAACUAGUGAACCAAGCCCUGUGUUCCAGCUGGGGGUUUCCUGUGCGUACAUCUUCACUGGCUUUGACAACCAUCAGUGCUUUCUUUACUGAAUCCACUCGCAGAGUAUAUUAUAUUUGGUCUUUUGCUGAGAUGACUUUACAAUUCAAAGAUGUAUUUUGGGGAGUGGAUUUCAUCAGUAAUGUGGGAUAUGAGGCUCUCAUCCAGAGACUCUGUGAGGGUCGACGGAUGUGCAAAGAUAUGGAGGAGCUCUUGAAGAUGAGGGCAUCUGCUGAAGAGAGAUAUGGCAAAGAGUUGGUGAUGAUUGCACGCAAGGCAGGGGGACUCUGUGAGAUCAACACUUUGAAAGCAUCCCUUGACCAACUCAAAGUCCAAAUUGAGAACAUUGGGAACCUACACAUACAACUGUCUGGGGUGUUAAAGGAAGAGGUCAAGAGGAUGGAACAGUUCAGGGAGCGACAGAAAGAGCAGAGAAAAAAGUUUGAAGGCAUCAUGGACAAGGUUCAGAAGAUAAAGGUGUCUUUACACAAGAAAACAAUGGAGUCUAAGAGAACUUAUGACCAGAGGUGCAGAGAGGCGGAUGAGGCCGAGCAAGUUGCUGAGAGGAUGAUCAGUGUAGCUACCACCACACCCAAGCAGGCUGAGAGGGUGCACAACAAGUCUAAGCAGUGCAGGGAGGCAGCAGCAGAGGCAGAAAAACAAUACAUGUCAAAUAUUGAUCAGCUAGACAAGAUUCGUCAAGAAUGGGAAACUACACACGAGAGUACUUGUGAGGUCUUUCAGCAGCAGGAGGGAGAUCGUAUCAACAUCCUGAGGAAUGCCAUCUGGGUCCACUGUAACCAAUUCUCAAUGCAAUGUGUCAAAGAUGAUGAGUGUUAUGAAGAAGUGAGGAAAACUCUAGAACUGUGUGACAUCACCGCAGACAAUGACUGCUUUGUUGAGAUGAAAAGCACUGGCUCAAGUCCACCAGCUCCCAUUGUGUUUGAGAACUAUUAUGAGAGAGAGCCCUCGACAGACAGCAAUGGCAGUGCCUGCUUUGUAGGAGGAGUUAUGAAGAGGUUUUCAAACCUUCUGCAAGGGAACUCAUCGACUGGCUCUAAAACAAACGUCAAUGAAAGUUCACAGCCACUAGCACCACCUACUGCCAACACAUCAGAUGGAGUGUACGCCUCCAUUCCUGGAUUUCAGCAAGUGCAGCCAACCAUCUCAGAGAGCAGAGAGGAGUACCAGGCUAUGUAUGACUAUGCUGCUCAGGGUGAGGACGAGCUGUCCAUGUUUGCAGGGGAGACGGUUGUGGUCAUUGAACAAGAUAUGGAUGGCUGGUGGACUGUGGAGAGAAACGGCAAUUCAGGACUGGUCCCUGGGUCCUAUCUGGCCAAAGAAUGAACUAUCCUUGGCACAAGUAGUAAGGCUAUAUAUAGGGCACAUAGCACACCCCCACAUGUCUUAGUUUGACCAUUUUCUCUAAGCCUUACAGGGCUGAUAAUGUUAGCUCAGUCUUGGCUAUAUGCGUUGUUGAGUGACGUCACUGACCUGAGACCAUGGUUUUAUCUAAUGAUGGAGAUUAUUCACUUAUGUAUUGUCAAGAUGGAAAGAUGUGUACUUACCUGUUUUACUUUCCUUUCGAGUCUACAAGCACAACGGUUUGUGAGUUGUUACACAAAUAGAGUACAUUUUGCUUCCCUAUGAUAUAGAAAUUGUAGAAAUUGUGCAAGAAUAUAGAACUUUAAAAGCCUCCCAGCAAACAAUUAUAGAGAGAGGAUGUUUUUGUAAUGUUACCCGUAAUGUUCCCCUAAUGUUUGUGUCCAGUUUUCCGUUAGUUAAGGGAACAUUCUAUCUAUGUUGGCAUAAACCUUCAGAGAACCUUUUUAGCAUGUUUUGGCGUUAGUUAUAACAUUCCCUUAUAGUCAAACAGAAUAUACCCAGAACCUGGUUGCCACAUUCUAAAAAUAUACAAUGGUAAUGUUCUAGACACGUUUCAUGAGAACGUUGCAAGAACAUUCAUGUGUCCAGUUUUCUGUGGGUUAGAGAAUAUUCCAUCAACGUCCCACCAAACAUACACAGAACAUGGUUGCCAUGUUCUCAGAACAUAAGAUAUUAAUGUUCUAGAUACGUUUCAUGGGAAUGUUGCAAGAACAAUUGUGUAUCAACUCACUGCCUUCCUGAAGACAAACAAUGUAUAAGAAAUGCACUCGUGAAGGUGGUAAAUUACCUUUUAAUGGCAUCAGACCAAAGCUCCCCAUCUGUCCUCGUGCUCCUAAACCUUAGUGCUGCUUUUGAUACCAUCGAUCACCACAGUCUUUUGGAGAGAUUGGAAAUCCAAAUUGGUCUACAUGGACAAGUUCUGGCCUGGUUUAUAUCUUAUCUGUCGGAAAGAUAUCAGUUUGUCUCUGUGGAUGGUUUGUCUUCUGAGAAAUCAACUGUACAUUUCGGUGUUCCUCAAGGUUCCGUUUUAGGACCACUGUUGUUUUCACUAUAUAUUUUAUCUCUUGGUGAUGUCAUUCGGAAACAUAAUGUUAACUUUCACUGCUAUGCUGACGAUACUCAGCUGUACAUUUCGAUGAAACAUGGUGAAGCCCCAAAAUUGCCCUCCCUGGAAGCCUGUGUUUCAGGCAUAAAGAAGUGGAUGGCGGCAAAUUGUUUACUUUUAAACUCUGACAAAACAGAGAUGUUAGUUCUAGGUCCCAAGAAACAAAGAGAUCUUCUGUUGGAUCUGACAAUUAAUCUUGAUGGUUGUACAGUCUUCUCAAAUAAAACCUUGGCGUUACUAUGUACCCUGAUCUCUCUUUUGACGAACUAAUCAAGCAUAUUUCAAGGACAGCUUUUUUCCAUCUUUGUAACAUUGCAAAAAUCAGAAAUGCAGAAAAAUUCAUCUAUGCUUUUGUGACUUCUAGAUUAGACUACUGUAAUGCUCUACUUUAUGGCUACCCAGAUAAAGCACUAAAUAAACUUCAGUUAGUGCUAAAUACGGCUGCUAGAAUCUUGAUUAGAACCAAAAAUUGUAUAAUAUUACUCCAGUGCUAGCCUCUCUACACUGGCUUUCUGUUAAGGCUAGGGCUGAUUUUAAGGUUUUACUGCUAACCUACAAAGCAUAAGAUGGGCAUGCUCCUACCUAUCUUUUUCCGAUUUGGUCCUGCCGUACAUACCUACAGGUAACCUACGGUCACAAGACGCAGGCCUCCUUACUGUCCCUAGAAUUUCUAAGCAAACUGUUGGAGGCAGGGCUUUCUCCUACAGAGCUACAUUUUUAUGGAAUGGUCUGUCUACCCAUGUGAGAGACGCAGACUCCGUCUCGACCUUUAAGUCUUUAUUGAAGACUCAUCUCUUCAGUGGGUCCUAUGAUUGAGUGUAGUCUGGCCCAGGGGUGUGAAGGUGAACGGAAAGGCACUGGAGCGACGAACCGCCCUUGCUGUCUCUGCCUGGCCGGUUCCCCUCUCUCCACUGGGAUUCUCUGCCUCUAAACAUAUCCCGUGGGCUGAGUCACAGGCUUACUGGUGCUUUUCCAUGCCGUCCCUGGGAGGUGUGCAUCACUUGAGUGGGUUGAGUCACAGACGUGAUCUUCCUGUCCGGGUUGGCGCCCCCAUCGGGUUUGUGCCGUGGGGAAGGUCUUCGUGGGCUGUACUCGGACUUAUCUCAGGGCAGUAGGUUGAUGGUUGAAGAUAUCCCUCUAGUGGUGUGGGGGCUGUGCCUUGGCAAAGUGGGUGGGGUUAUAUCCUGCCUGUUAGGCCCUGUCCAGGGGUAUCGUCGGACAGGACCACAUUGUCUCCCGACCCCUCCUGUCUCAGCCUCCAGUAUUUAUGCUGCAAUAGUUUAUGUGUCGGGGGGCUAGGGUCAGUCUGUUAUAUCUGGAGCAUUUCUCAUGUCUUAUCCGGUGUCCUGUGUGAAUUUAAGUAUGCUCCCUCUAAUUCUCUCUCUCUUCUCUCAGAGGACCUGAGCCCUAGGACCAUGCCUCAGGACUACCUGGCCUGAUGACUCCUUGCUGUCCCCAGUCCACCCUGUCAUGCUGCUGCUCCAGUUUCAACUGUUCUGCCUGCGGCUAUGGAACCCAGACCUGUUCACUGCACGGGCUACCUUGUCCCGGACCUGCUGUUUUGGACUCUCUCUCUACUGCACCUGCUGUCUCUAACUCUGAAUGAUCGGCUAUGAAAAGCCAACUGACAUUUACUCCUGAGGUGCUGACCUGUUGCACUCUCGACAACCACUGUGAUUAUUAUUAUCCGACUCUGCUGGUCAUCUAUGAACAUCUUGGCCAUGUUCUGUUAUAAUCUCCACCUGGCACAGCCAGAAGAGGACUGGCCACCCCUCAGAGCCUGGUUCCUCUCUAGGUUUCUUCCUAGGUUCUGGCCUUUCUAGGGAGUUUUUACUAGCCAUCGUGCUUCUACAUCUGCAUUGCUUGCUGUUUGGGGUUUUAGGCUGGGUUUCUGUACAGCACUUUGUGACAUUGGCUGAUGUAAAAAGGGCUUUCUAAAUAAAUUUGAUUGAUUGAAUGUUCUUACAACAUUCCCAUGAAGCUUGUCUAGAACAUAUCUUAAAUUCUGAGAACACGGUAACCACAUUCUGGGUAAGUUCACAUACGGGAACAUUCCUAUGAAAACAUUAGUUAAUGGUCUGCUGAGACUCUUAAGGGAAUGUUCUCCAAAGUUGUGGGAACGUUUUUUGUUAGCUGGGCUGUUACAUUAAAUGAAGUGCCCCUCUGCGGUGAGGUCACCAAUGUGAUAAGGGAGCAUAAGCCAAUUUGGUUUCAACAGUGUGUUGUUAUUCUCUUUGAGAUUUUGUCUUUGAAAUUUGUAUUAAGAAUAAUGGUAGUAGUAAUAAUUUGUCAUACAGUAAAUAGUUUGUCCUCUCUCGGUGUUAUGGUGAAUGUGACCAUAGAUGGUUUCUAGAUGCAUGGAAGGGUUAAUUCGACCGAGAACAGUGUGAGCCUCACCCCCUCUAACCUGCUGAAUUAAUGGCGACAAUGGCAUUAACUAUGGCCCUGUCCUUCACCACUUCUACCUGAGUCCGAGCCAGCAACCUGUACACAGCAUCUAGUCGAAGCUAUCAACUGCCUUUUCUCUCAGGAGGGCAGCAUGAGUCCACGUGGAGUGUGUAUGGAGAGAUCCCGUCCAAACUUCUCUCCUGCUGCUGGUGUACUAGUUGGAAAAUGGACAGGACUUAAUGCACCGUAAAGGAUGCUGGUGGCGGCUAAAGGUGAGCGAUUUGUCUGCUUGGGAAAAAUCGGAUUAUUCCCAGAUAUUAGAAUCGGGACAUUAUCAAGGGCCAUCCACUUUGAACAUGUGCCAUUGAGAAGACAAACUGAAACACUAUUUGAAGGAGAAAAUGAAGAAACACCAGAAGAAUGAGUGCCGGGAAGGAUGGGGAUGGUCAAGUGUGCCUGUAAUUGAUUUAUGCUUGUCCAAAAAGUUUUAUUUGGAGUAUCAGGUUGAUUCUGGAGGUCUGCACACUGCAAAAUGUAUAGUAAUUUAUACAAAAAUUGUAUUGAGAUACUGACUUGUCAUUAACACAGGGACAAAUGGGGGCCGUGAUGAGAAAAUGUAAUGCUAGAAAUAUAAGAUGAAUAUAAUGUAUGUCAAUGUUAGUAGUACAUGCUGUAUAUUUAUUUCCCUGUCUGUAAAUGUACAUUCUGCCAGUGUGUACUAAGUUGAGGGUCUUAAAUUCAAGUGAUAGACUCAACGCGACGCAGUAGGGACUGUUAUUUUAAAUUUGGUUUGGAUAAUUUAUCAAUAGUUCUAGUCACUCUCUUAGGAACAUGAAGGAAGAAGACAAAGUCAGUCCAGAAUCCAUAAAUUAAAUUGUGUAAUCAAGCAUAUGUGUAACUGUAUGAAAUGAAGGUCUUUAGUUAAAACAUUCUACUGCAAUGGUUUUACAAGUAAGGGGUAUGGAAUAAGGAUCAGUUACUAGUUGGAGUGUACAACCCAGAAUGAAGGGUUUGAAAGUGUCUGUGGUAUUUAUGCUUUCAUUUUGUUUACUUAUAAUGAUGUAUUUUGAUAUUUUAAGCAAUAACCAAAUGAAUAAAAUGUAAUAAUAAUUAUCAGAGAGUGAUAAGAGGAGGGAGUAUACAGAAUGUUUUUUUGUCUGAAGCGAUAGCCUUUAAUUGUACAUCUUGUCUCAUACAAUCAUUGGUUCCUAUAGGUGCAGGUUAGAGAUAUGAGGGGGAGAUGGUCCCCCUCUUCAGACUUUCUGUCAGAACGCCCAGAAUAUGUUCUAUAAAUGUAGGUAGGAGACGGUGCCAGUCACAUGCAGGAACCAACCCUAUGAACCAUGCCUAUGUAGGUUUUUUGUAUAGCCGUAUAUAAGAGAACUAAUAGGACUGCCCCGGCAGAGCUCCUGACAGAUGUGUACUAUGGUGCAUUAAGUUUGUUGGAACCUCUCCAACUUGCUGAUAAUAAAGAAUGAUUCAUUUGAGUUUGA